UUUACCCGAUUUUCAAAAUAAUGAUGGUUUGGUAAUGCCCUUCCGAAAUCCAAGCUUAAGGCGGACGCCAAUUCCCCGUAAGCUUAGCUCAGCUUAGCUCAUCAUCGGUUGUCGACGCCGAAGCGGAGCAACCAUCUCCCUCCUCUGUCUGAGCCUCAGAUGGCGCAACAACCCUACGAUCGUUACUACAAAGCAGCAGCCCCAUUGCCCGACUACACCAACCCCGAGAUCAAAACCCUCUUCAUCUCUGGCUUGCCGGACGACGUCAAGGCGCGCGAGAUUCACAACCUCUUCCGCCACCGCCCUGGGUUCGACGCCUGCCAGCUCAAGUACACCGGACGCGGCAAUCAGGUCGUUGCCUUCGCUACGUUCUUCAGUCAUCAAUCAGCAAUUGCUGCCCUGCGUGCACUAAAUGGUGUCAAGUUCGAUCCCGACACAGGAUGCGCCCUGCAUAUCGAGCUCGCCAGAACAAAUUCUUGGAGGAAGCGUAAACCAGGUGAUGUAUCUGCCUCUAAGGUCGAUGUAUUCAGCAGCAGUGGACCGUAUGUUGUUAUCGAUAAUAGAGACAGAAAUAAUGCCCAAGGGUCUUCGAGCGAUGAUGGAGGGAGUGAAUCUGAUGAUCCAUCAGAGACUGACAAACAGGACUCGGGCGAUGAAGAUGAUGUGGUGAAUGCUAAGAGUGGUGGAUCAGCAGGUGUUGAUGGUGCUGAAGCAGCUGUGAGUAAUCAGGAAGAUAAGGCUACUGAAGGAAAUACCCAAGCAUGCUCCACUUUAUUUUUCGCAAACCUUGGUCCAAAGUGCACUGAGGAUGAAUUGAAGCAAGUUCUUUCACAAUAUCCAGGAUUCAAUGUGCUCAAAAUGCGAGGGAGGGGUGGAUUGCCAGUUGCUUUUGCUGAUUUCGAAGAAAUCGAACAAGCAACAAAAGCCAUGGAGGAACUUCAAGAUACUCAGUUGGAAUCAUCUGAUCGAGGCGGCCUGCACAUAGAGUAUGCAAGGUCAAAAAUGCGCAAGCGAUGAAAGGGGAUGGUGGAGAAUCAUCAGAGUAGGUUCUCCAAGAACUUCAUUAUUAGGUCCGAGUGAUUUGCAAUCACGACCUUUAUGGAGAUGGUUGUCCAGUCCCAGUCAAUCUCAUCGUGCAAUUCUUUCAUUUCUCAGAUAGAUCGACUAUGCCAUGUUUCUAUCUUCAUUCCUGCAAUUGUACGCAUGUGUGUUGACCACGUGCUUGUUUAUCACAGCUAAGCUCAUGGGAAUAUGCAAUUCUUGAUCAUUGGAAAACAAAGAGACUUGAAGUGAUGCUUUUUACUCCUUUUAGACAAUAAUAGAAUGAAUCAAGCUGUCUUAUUUAGUAUU